AUCACAGAUUCCACUGCUCCAAUUUAUUGAUGAGGAAAUCAAGACAAGGAGUGAAGAAACUUACCAGAGGUCACACAACUAGAGAGAAUCAGGACCUGUCCUCAAACACAAGAUUGUCUCAUUCUAAAGGCUGGACUGUUUUAGAUGAUACAACCUUACUACACAGUGUAAGAAAUGGCUCUAGGAAACAAUACUCAGCGAAGUUAUUCCAUCAUUCCAUGUUUUAUAUUUGUUGAGCUUGUCAUCAUGGCCGGGACAGUGCUGCUUGCCUACUACUUCGAAUGCACUGACACUUUUCAGGUGCAUAUCCAAGGAUUCUUCUGUCAGGAUGGAGACUUAAUGAAGCCUUACCCAGGGACAGAGGAAGAAAGCUUCAUCACCCCUCUGGUGCUCUAUUGUGUGCUGGCUGCCACCCCAACUGCUAUUAUUUUUAUUGGUGAGAUAUCCAUGUAUUUCAUAAAAUCAACCAGAGAAUCUCUGAUUGCCCAGGAGAAAACAAUUCUGACUGGAGAAUGCUGUUAUCUGAAUCCUUUGCUUCGAAGAAUCAUAAGAUUCAUAGGUGUAUUUGCAUUUGGACUUUUUGCUACUGACAUUUUUGUAAAUGCCGGACAAGUGGUCACCGGGCACCUAACACCAUACUUCCUGACAGUGUGCAAGCCGAACUAUACCAGCGCAGACUGCCGAACGCACCACCAAUUCAUAAACAAUGGGAACAUUUGUACCGGGGACCUGGAAGUGAUCGAAAAAGCACGGAGAUCCUUCCCCUCCAAACACGCUGCUCUGAGCAUCUAUUCGGCCUUAUAUGCCACCAUGUACAUCACAAGCACAAUCAAGACAAAGAGCAGUCGACUGGCGAAGCCAGUGCUGUGCCUCGGGACACUCUGCACAGCCUUCCUGACGGGUCUCAAUCGGGUGUCGGAGUAUCGGAACCACUGUUCCGAUGUGAUUGCAGGCUUCAUCCUGGGCACUGCCAUCGCCCUGUUUCUGGGAAUGUGUGUGGUUCAUAACUUCCAAGGAACACAAGGAUCUCCUUCCAAACCCAAACCUGAGGAUCCCCGUGGAGUACCCUUAAUGGCUUUCCCAAGGAUAGAAAGCCCCCUGGAAACAUUAAGUGCACAGAAUCAUUCUGCCUCUAUGACGGAAGUGACCUGAGACUCUAAGAUGCCACAAGCUGUUUUUUUUUAAAUCACCCUCCAAUUGGAUACUUCAAGACACACAGUUACUGAAUGUCAAACUGUGAAGACAAGUAUUAUGUUUAUCUAAUUAGAGGCUAAUGUUUUGUACAUUUUUUUGUAUGAGGAAGUGAUGUAGCUUGCCCUGAUUUUUUUUUCCUUUUUCUUUAUCCUUUUUUGGUCAGCUUUAAUAUAUUUAUGCCAGACUUUUAAACCAACAAAACUUUCUUCUUGUUCAAGUGUGCAUUGAGGAACCACAUUUAUUCAAUGGUUGAUGUUGUUUUGUGAUAUUUGUACACUAAGCUUCUUUUCUCAGUUUUAUAGACACAGAAAUAAAAUUAAUACAACAAUUCACUUUAACCUUUUCUUACCACAGUUGCUGCCUCCGGAAUUUUUGACAAAAGUUGUUUACUUUUGAGUUGCAGAGAAGGCAAUGUUGGUUAAUGAUAAGUCUCAAAGUCCAUAGUGCAAAAAAAAGUAUGUUACUUCCAAAAGAACUUCAUGUUCUGAUUUAAUUAUGUUUAUAAAAUCUAAACUCAUGUCAUUGUUAAUGAAGUAAUCUAGUUGCAUAAAUAAUUGGCAGAGAAGUCUGAAUUUGAAGUGUUGUAAUUAUAUGUUCCGCUUUAGAUAAGGACCUCUCCCACUUAAGAAACUCAAGAUCUUUCUAUAAACAUGUCUUUGAGCAGGCAAGUAAUACUGCCACCUUCUUUCAGGAAAAAAAAAGAAAGAAAAAGAAAGCAGCAGCCAACACCAGCCUCCUGGUUAACUCAACAGUUUUGUAUAUCAUAUUGUAUGGACUUUAUAUGAAAAUGAAUAUUUUACAGUUUGCACAGUAUUACUUUACAGAAAGGGUAACAGAGCAUCUACAACUUAGAGCCCCAGAGCAAUGGCUUGACUUUGUGGCUUAAUUGUUCUAGAAUUUUAACUGCAUCUCAUUUUUCUAGCAUGAUAAUAACUAAUGUCUUAACCCCUUAAAGAGAAGGAGCUCCCCUGUCUGUACCUACCAGAAUGUUUUCUUGACAGUUCCAUGUUGACUUUUAGCAUUUUUUGUACAUAUUUUUUUUCUAAAGAGAAGAAAAAAGUUAUCACA